AUGAGCGGCGGCCCGGAGGAGCUGCAGGAGCGGCUGCGGGAGGCGGCGGCGCUCGGGGACGCCGAGGAGGUGCGGCGGCUGCUGGCGGCGGGGGCGGACGUCAACUCCCGUAACGAGAUCGACGGCUGGACCUGCCUGCACUGGGCCUGCAAGCGGAGCCACGCGCAGGUGGUGGCGCUACUGCUGGACGCGGGCGCCGACCGCAGCAUCCCCACGGGCGCGGGGCAGCUGGCCGAGCAGCUGACGGCCAAAGCGCACAUCCGCAGGAUUCUGGGAGUCACAGAAGAAGAAAAGGACUGUCAAGGAGUCAGCGCUGUGACCCCCCCAGCUGCUGCCAGCUGUCCGGCCGCCCCGCCGUUCCCUCACAGCUGUCCAGAUGAAAGCCCCCCACACAGCUCAGCAGAAUCUCCAAAUGAAAGCACUUCCAUCUCUCCAGCUUCCCAGAGCGAAAUCAGUCCUCGUUCCUCAGCAGCCCAGGUUGAAAGUGUGUGCGCGUCCACGCGGUGCUCCAGUGAGGACAGCCUUCCUCAGCUUCCACAGCUGCCCGUCCUGCCGGCUGUGCCCUCAGCUGCAGAAUGCACAGAGCUGGGGCUACAGAGCAGCUCCUGCCAGCCCCCAGCACGCAGCUCGGCUCUGUUUGUGCCGGCAGCCCCCAGCCAGGCCGUGCCGCAGAGCAGCCGCCCACCGCCUGGGCCUGCGCCUGCAUUUCAGCCCUUCUUCUUUACUGGAACUUUCCCAUGCAACGUGCAAGAACUUGUGCUUAAGGUGAGAGUGCAGAACCUCAGAGACGACGACUUCAUUGAAAUUGAACUGGACAGACAGGAGCUGACGUACCAAGAUCUGCUCAGAGUGAGCUGCUGUGAGCUGGGCAUUAAUCCUCAGCACGUAGAGAGGAUCAGGAAGCUACCAAACACAGUGCUGAGAAAGGACAAGGAUGUCGCCAGGCUGCAGGACUUCCAAGAGCUGGAGUUGGUUCUUGUGAGAAGCGACAGCUCUCCCUUCAGAAAUGCUGCACCAGCUUUGACUGAGAGAUCGUGCUACAACAGCAGAGCCUCCAAGCUGACCUACUGAGUGCCACCUGCAGCCUGGAAGCACAACGGUUAUACACUGCUGCCCAGGGGAGGCAGUGAAUGGGCAUCUGGGGAACCUUGAGUUACUGUUAGGGCUAAUAUUUGAACUAAUAAUGUCUUUGGUAUUUAAUAUCCCCCUUUGCUUUUAUUUUUCUUACUUGGUACUAUAUCCAGAUAAUUCAGGAUACCUCAUUUGUAUACUAAGAUCACAUGCUUACCAUGCAGUUAAGUUCUUUAGUUGUAUGAAGCAACAGAGGGCAGCAAAGAAAUUCUGCAGAGUACUCCCCCUCUUUGAACCAAGCAGGAGUGAUGGAAAAGACAAUCAGGAAAUGGCUUUCAUGCCCCCCUUCAGGCCCAGGCCUGCAGUGCAGGAGUAACACGGACAGUAACAAACACUGUGUGGUAUUAAAGCAGUGUUUCAGGGACAGGAGCAGGCAGCAGCACUGCUCAGGGAAUUGUGCCAGCCAGCCCAAGGCACCCACACUCCAACCACCCCUGCACCUCAGCAGUAGCACAGUUUUAGGAAGUUUUUCCUUGUCCCUGUGGUGCAGACCCUGCUGCCUUCAGACGUGAGCAGGCAGCGCAAUGCCCUGCGCCCAUGCUGGCUCCCAGCACCACUGUGCAGUGCAGAGCCCUGGGAGGGACGCAGCUAUCGGCACCCACUUCAGAGAAAAGCAGCCAAGAGGCAGCUGAGGCUCUGCUGUUCAGGCUUCCCAUUAAGUUACUUGGGCUUAAAACUCCUGCUUAGUGGACUGAAAGCAAUUGCCAUCCUUUUCCCCUGUUCCCUAUCUCUAUGAAUGCACUGAAUAUUCCUCGGUCCAGGAGCUGAAGCCCAGACCCGGCUCCUCGUAAGCUAAAGACACACUAUGAAACAGGAAUUCCCACCCUGGGCUCCCUUUGUUCUUAGGAAAGGCACUUUCACCAUAGCAUUACACAUUCAUCUUUAUGAGAUAACCUGCAGACUAGCUCAGACGACAUGCAAUAACUGCUCCAAACCUGCACUGGCUGUUAUUUGCUUGCAGCUCCUGUAUUUAGGACGUCACUGUGAAGACUGCCUCUACUAAUUACUGAACGUGCAGCUGUAGGAGCAGCUGGUCUUAAAGCUUUCUUUGCUCCGGUUUUGACAAGGAGUAACUGUUAACAAGAGGAGACUAAAACAUUAAUUGUGAUUUGACUGUGAUAAGAAGUCUAUGCAUUCAGAGAAAUAUUUUUGUAUAUUUUAUGCAGUUUGAUAAACUCUAAGGCACACUACUUCAGGGUUAUUUCCUUUUGCUUUCUUUGAACAAUAAACUUGUUAACAACAACUGAAA